AUGGAAUGUGGUAAGCUGGGAUUACUCUACCGACGUUAUUUAACACUUCUUGGAUUAGUGAAAAUGAUGGAUAAUGCAAUUACCGAUAACAGAGUCAGCACAACGAAUCGACACGUCUUGAACAUUGAUUCAAUGGAUUCACCGAACCCAAAAGUGCUCGCUACAAACCAACUACAUUCACACACACACAAUGAGAGGGAAAUUGACUUGAAAGUUUCCUUCGGUGAUCCAAAUAAAAGGAAAUCGAAAUUGUUGAGUAGUGUCAAAAUAACUGCAAAACUUGCACCACAAACAGAAAAAUUAAUAAGUGGAAAUCGACUCUAUGAAAGAGCAAAAACUUUUUAUGCUCCCAAAGAGACGACUGUGAAAUUUACUUUCACAGCUGGCAUCACUGAAAAGAUAUUAAACGACUCGUAG